AUGUCACGACUCAGCAUGCGUCGCUACCAACUGCAAUCAGGGGAGAUGCCCGAGCCACUGCAAAAGGUCGCCAUCCUGGGCAAGCCUGUGUUCAGCGCCGGUCUCGAGCUGUGUUGGCAGGUCUACGAGGCCCAACUGCAGGAAUCUAAGGAGAUUUGUUCCGCUUUCGUUCUUACAAAACUUGUCACCGACAAAACGGGGAAAAUGAGGAAGCGCGAAAUAAAUUUGGAAGUCUGUCGCAAAGAGAUAGGAACCCUACGCAAUCUGCAACACAAAAGAAUCCUCAAGAUAUUCGCCGAGUCAGAGGAGAACUGUUACUAUCUCUCCUGGAUCAGUGAGCCAUUAGCAGGCACACUCCAGUCCAUUCUGAACAAGUCGCCACGAGGGAACAAGGCUAGCUUCACGGGUUUUAACCCGAAAGGUGGGAGGAACUUGCAGCCCGACCUGGACUACAUAGCACCAGAGGUUCAGCUGCAUCACACAAUGUCUCCCCUUGCGGAUAUAUUCUCUCUGGGCAUGGUGAUUUGCUCCAUCUUCAACGGCGGUGUCUCCCUCCUCCACUGCGAGGGCAGUGUGGCCAACUACGUGAAAUGCAUUCCAUACAGGUUUCAAGAGAUCAGUGAUCGCAUGCCCAAGCCCCUGAUUGAACCAGUACGGAAGAUGAUCAGUCAAGACGUCCGUGAACGACCCACAUCCCAACUCCUUGCCUUGCUCAAACUCUUCAACGAACCCUCCCUUCUCUCCUACGAGGGACUCUUGACUCUUCAAACUCGGUCCCAAAAUCAGAUCAAGGAAUUCUUCAAUCGCUUCGCUAAGGCUAUUCCCGAAUUUGACGAGGACUUCCGUUACAAGAAGGUACUCCCACUGUUGUGGGAGUGGUACGACAGUCACCCGGAUCUGCAAUCCUUCGUCCUCCCUUCAAUCCUGGCCGCCACUCACAUAGCCGACAGAGCCGAUUUUGAUCUCUACCUCCACGACCGACUCUGCUCUGCCCUGCGGGGCCACAGGAGCAAACAGACAACUCUGGUAGCUCUGGAUUUGGUGGAAUUCUUCAUAAAACAUCUUACACCUGAGGAAAUCGUAGAAAUAAUUUUGCCCGACAUCACCAGCUGCAUCAAGAUGGGCAGUCGCAAGUCUCUGGACAAGGUGAAGAAUGCUGUCUACGUUUUACACGACUACCUCGGACCAGAGGAACUGGAAAACUACGUCUUUCCAAUGUUAAAAGAAGCUGCCGAGGAGAACGAUUCCUCUGGCUUGGUACAGAACGUGAUGCUGGACUGCAUAGAGAGCCUCGUUUCACACUGCAGACCGGUGUUCGUGAGCAAAGACCUGCUUAUCUUCCUGGCCUCUAUGCCCACUGCCAACAUCGAAGUGGUGUUUAAUGUUGCAGGCAUCUUUCGGAAGGUGCUUUGCAACUGCAAGUUCCACGUCUCCUACUCGCUCAUUGCCACAAAGCUCCUCCCUCCGCUGAUACCUUUGCUCAUUUCAAAGAAACUGAGCCUUACGGAGUUUCGCGCUCUCAUGGGAGUAGCUCGUUUGAUGCUGGAGCAAAUUGACCGAGGGAGGACCAUUGAGUACUCACGUAAGAAGAGCCUCAGUGCGGAUGAGGGCACCAUGGAUUUCAACAGCCGACAAUUGACUUCUCCCGAAGUCCUCCCAACCUCAACCAUGCCAACCCGUCACGCCCGCGGUCCCACUCCUCUGGCUAGUUUAUUUCUUUCGCAUUCACCUGUCUACCACUUCAUAUUGUCAUCUUAUUCAAACGCUUUCUCCAUCGGCAACCAGUCCAGCACGUCACCCUGGAGCUCUAGUCGACAAUUUCUAAGUCGGCUUCGAGCCUCCAGUCAGUGCUCAGAGACCAUGUUUCAGAGGGGUUCCACUCCAUUCGCUGGUCUGCAGUACCUGAGACCGCAGGACAAGACACGUAGCAACCCCAGCUUCGGCCAGCGUCUUUCAUUGAGUCUCUUGCCCAAGGCUUCGCGAGCUGCCUCCUGGAACAACUCAGCUACGGCGCUGGCGGCACUAAAACGACGUCGCUCCUCUGGCGGCACCUCUGCACGCCUCUCGAAUGAUCACUAUGAUUAUUUGGGAGUGGACAAUCGAACGGGAACGGGACUUUUGGACCCGCGCCGCCAUAGCUACGGGUGCUCGGGCACUUCCUCAGCCAAUUCACUGCUCACCGGUGGCGUCUGCGAAGGUCCCUUUUCCUCUAGUCCGUUUCAGUCCGGUCAAACCAGCCGACGUCCUUCUGCUCCCAUCUUCGACCGAAGCGUUGGAUCAGCCAAUUAUUGUAGGGAUUCUCCAUCUAAAUUGCCUUAA